AUGUACCUUCAACCCAACAAUGUUCCGCUGCUGGAAUAUGUGGCUAACCUAGACAGCAUACCGGUACGUAACACGACCAUCGUGCUGGGGUCGAUGAAAGUUCGAGAUGGUACCGGCGGCCCGACCAGGAUCUUUGCUAUGAUUAACGAAGACGAUGUAACUGAUUCUGCAGGGAGACUUUCACCAAUUGUUGCUUUUAUUCUACCUUUGCUGUUCAUUUUGCUGGCUCGCCUGGAUAGCAAGCACCAGCUCACUUGUAUUACAAGUGCUGGAUCGUCUGGAUUACAAGCGCUGGCUCGCCUGGAUUACAAGCACCGGCUCGGCGGAAUUGCAAGUUCCGACUCACCUGGAUUGCAAGCGCUCGCUUGUCUGGAUUCAAAGCACAGGGUCACUUGUAUUGCAAGUACGGGCUCGCCUGGAUUUGAAGCGCUUGCUCGGCUAGAUUGCAAGUGCCGGUUCGCCUGGAUUACAGAUGCCGGUUUGCCUGGAUUGUUAGAACUCCGAAAGAUAGAGUUUUACGAACACCAAGGUACCCAUAUCGAUGCUCCAUCGCAUUUCGGUAACGGCCGCCAAUCUUUGGAACAGAUCCCGCCGGAGAGGUUAAUUGGUCCUGGUGUAGUGAUUGACGUCAGAGACAAGGUCAAGGGCAAUCCUGAUUAUGCUGUUACAGUUGAUGACAUUUUACAGCACGAAAGGGAGCACGGCAAAAUCCCGCCAAGAGCCAUCGUGAAUAUGAAUUCUGGUUGGGCAAACAAAUACCCGGAUGCUCGAUUGGUGUUUGGUACCGAUAAUAUCACAGAUCCUAGUACAUUUCACUUUCCUGGAUGGAGUCCCGAGGCGUGUGAGAUGCUGUUACAGGACCGCCAGGUAAACGUUGUCGGAGUUGACACACCUUCAACUGACCCUGCACAGCCUCCUGUAUACCCGUGCCAUAUGUACCUUCAACCCAACAAUGUUCCGCUACUGGAAUAUGUAGCUAAUCUGGACAGCAUACCGGUACGUAACACAACCAUCGUGCUGGGUGCGAUGAAAGUUCGAGAUGGUACCGGCGUCCCGACCAGGAUCUUUGCUAUGAUUGACGAAGACGAUGUAACUGAUUCUGCAGGGAGACUUUCACCAACUGUUGCUUUUAUUCUAGCUUUGCUUUUCAUUCGUCACUUAAUAUAGUUGAAACAGUAAGAGCGUAUGUAUACAAAUUAUUUUGUAUAUCAGAUCUUUUAAUUAAUAAAUACGUUUUUAAGAAGAUAUCUUUCAAACUGUAGUAAAGUUACCAUAUAAUUGUUUGGCAAAUCACGUCUAUAUUUCUGAUUAUUUCUUAUUCUUGCUAUAUUUUAUUUCACGAGAUACGAAAUAAUUCACAUAUUCAAAGAUGAUUUUACAAUUUAUCCGUAACAAAAUAUGUAAUUAUUUAGUUACGUCUAAUUUUAAAAUCGUGUUAUUGGUAAAGUUAUUGUUAUUUAAUGAUUUUCUUCUGUAACAAUGUAUUUAUAGCUAAAUUAUACUAUGGUUAGUAGUAUUUGUUUGCAGUACUUAUUACUUUUAUCUUCAUCUAUUAGUCAUCUAUCUUUCUGUGUAAUAAAUAUCAGAAGCAUUUGAUUGUUUUAGCAGAUACUGUGAACCCUUGGAAAAUGUUGUUGUUGUUGUUGUUGUUGUUUUUCUUUUGGUCACCUAUAUAAUUUUGUAUAAAAAUAUGAACAUAUACAUGUGAUACAUUGUUGACAAGGUAUUUCUUUGAUCAAACUUAAUGACCUAGAUUUUUACCCAACAUGACUCAGUUUCAAACUUUUCAAAGUUUUCAGAGACAAACAUUCUGAUCAGUAUUUGUUUAGAUCAAGUGGAAAAUAUACCUAACGUUUUUCCGUUUUUCUAUUAUUUGUCCUAUUGACCUAGUUUCUCACCCAAGAUGACCCAAUUUCAUGAAGAAAAACAUUAUGACCAAGUUUCAUAAGGAUCAGUAGAAAAUAUGGCCAACAGAGUAUUGACAAGGUUUUAAUUUAGUUUAAUCUAGUGACCUAGUUUUUGACCUAAGAUGACUCAGUUUCAAAGAUGACCUAGGUUUCGUAAAGACAACCUGUUUGACAAAGAUUCAUGAAGAUCAGGUAGACAAUGUGACCUAGUGACCUAAUUUUUGAAAACAAAUGACCUUAUUUCGAGCUUGACCUUGACCUCAUACAAACAAAAUCUCCGACUUUAGUUUACAUACACACCAGGAAGAAAUGAUGCAAUAUAUUAGACUUCAUGAAGACAAACACUUUGACCAAGUUUCAUAAAGAUAAAGUAGAAAAUGUGACCUUCAUAAUGUCAACAAGGCUGAACUGUGAUUUGACCUGGUGAACUUGUUUUUGACCAAAAUAACCUAGUUCCGAACAUUACCUGGA